UGUUGUCUAGUCAUUCGUGGGCGUCUAGGGGCUACAUUUAGCGUGAGUAUACUCCGCCCCGAGGGAUGUGCAUCUCGCUUCUGUUCUGCCCACCUCGUGCUCGCUGACUUAUGGCAGGGCUUGCGACGUGGUAUAACAGCCAGUACUCGACUUGGAACAGGACCCGCCGCCUCCACGCACAGCCCUACAUCGCUCGCACGGACACCAACACCUCUCGCAGGGCGACGGAGAUGGCUCACCAAGCAGUCGUCGUCAACAUGGGCGAGCCUAGCAACCCCGAAGCCAGCAAGGACAAGAAGUCCGACACCCUCUUUGGCCCCAACAUCGGGAUCGUGAGCGGAGGACCUGCAUGGACGGAGAGGCAUGAGAAGAGUGCGGACGAGCUCACCCCGGAGGUUAUCAAGAGCUGGGUUUCGAGGAGCAAGGAGACCUAUGCAACCACCACGACCCUGCAAGCACUCGUGAACCUCAAGCGACCCACUCUCCGCCUCACCCCGCUCGAGGUCGCUCCCGCUGACGAUCCAGACCACGCCGACUCCCAGCACCACCACGGCCUCGAAUUCGAGUACGACUGCGACGCACCCAAGUGCGGGAUCAGCGUCCACGUCCUCCUGAACACCAAGCACCCCCUCGCAGGCAAGCCCGACUCCAGCGGGCUCUCCAAGUUCCGCAUCUUCGAGUCCGUCGUCGACGGCGGCUUCGGCAAGGUGCUCAGGCUCGAGGACGGCGUCGCGCUCGAGCUCGACCGCUUCGAGCCGCGCACGGACGCCGUCGACAAGGACAGCCCCGGCGAGGCCCCCGCUGACGCUGAGCAGCACGCCGGCGAGGACGCCCACGCCAAGGGCCGGAAGCGCUUCACACACUUCAAUUUCCGCAAGCGCAACCACGGCCGGGCUGCCGCGGGGCCUGCGCUCGCGGUCGUCGACGCGGAGGCGCCUGCGCCCGCGGCGGAGGGCGACGAGGGCGAGGGCGCGAAGGACGAGGAGCCCGACGUCGGCGUGAAGGUCGUGAUCCGCCUCGCGGCGCUCGACGAGGAGGGCAAGGAGCUGCCGACCGCGAACGAGCAGGUCACGUACCUGCACGUCGUGCGCUUCGGCGCGGCGCCGCCCGAGGUGGACGGCCAGUCCGUGGAGGACAAGCGGCCAUGGGUCGUCAAGGUCGUCAAGCGCGAGGCUAUCAUUGGCCCGCACACGUUCCACCUGCACGAGAUCUACGGGCUGUCUGCAAACUCGACGACGGCUACCCACGCGGAGCCUGCGGCGCCGACGGCGAGCGUGGACCAGCACGUCUACCCGCCGGUCUCUGCCCCCGCGAACACCCACGAGGAAGAGCCGUCCUCCGAGUGUCUGCUCUGCUUGUCGUCCCCGCGCGAAGUCGUCCUGCUUCCCUGCCGCCACCUGGUGGCGUGCAGGGAGUGCGCGGUGAACAUGAUCGAGUUCGGCGCAGGCGGGACGAUUGUGCACCAAGAGAGCGAGACAAACGGUACCACGGCCACCGAAGCGACUGCGGGUGAGACUGCGGCCGCCCCGCAGCCCACAGCGGAUGGCGCGGUGCCCGGUUCUGAGGCAAACGCGCCGCAGCCCACCCCCAGGCGCAAGCGCAAGGCGAAGGGCUGGUUCUGCCCUGUCUGCCGUCAACCUUACACCUCACUGCUGCGGAUCACCACGACGCCUCCUUCGAAGGACGAUGACGAGAAGAACCGCGACUCGAUGUCUACGGAGGCGCAGGUGGACGUGCUUCCCGCCCUCCCGGCUGCCGUCGCUGCGCCGACCGUACGCGGCAGUCUCGCCUCCCUCGCUCGACCUGGCUUCCUGCGAGCCUUCCGCUCUGGUGCCCCGCAGCCCGACGUCGAAAGAGGUCAGGUGCAAGCAGUCUGAAGGCCUCUGUCGUCGCCUGUUGCCUCCCGUGAUUUCAUGACCCUCGACGCUCGGACACGAUCUAACCCUGCGUAUCUCGCUUUCGCCUCGCCACACGAGAAGUAAUGCUGUAUCUCUUGGUUUGUUGUCACCAUUAGUUCCCGCUCAAGUUCUGGCUCAGCCCAAAUGUAUCCUCAGUGCUCCAUAUCUUCGCACAUAACACGGACGGAGCGUGGACUAUCUAUGGUACUGCUUUGCUGUACGUUCUGUUGUAUGAUAUCGUGUAUAGAUGUGGAUUAGUGCUCCAUACAUUCGUCAAGUGCAGUCUUGUAAGUUGCGCGACCACGCCGUUAUGACUUUGUUGGUUUGGUGCAGUGAUACGCGAAGUUCAGAUCCACCGUACUUACAAAAAGCCGUGCAAUCGUUCUUGUCCUAUAGCGUACGAGGGUCACCCACCCAAGAGUAUUUGCCGUCGAUAUC